UCCCUCGCGGUGCAUUGUGGGGCUUUAUGUAAACCCAACAUGGCAGCCGCCUACGCCAGAACGCUGGGUAAGGUCGGCUGGUCUCUCUUGGAGUCUCCGGCUGCCCGUCGGCCCCACACCGUCGCCUACCUGGUGGGGAAUGUGAGCACACAUGGGUCCAGGCGGGCGUUCGGUACCGACGGGACGGGGGUCCGGUCCAAACUGCUCUCCUCUCUGCGAGGAGGAGGCAGGGUUCUGGGCUGCGCCUUCCUGCUCGGUGGAGGUCUGGGUUUGUAUCAGACUGUGAAGUUCUCUGUCCGGCAGCACCUGGCCGAGGAGGAGACCAAGGUUCCGGGCGGAGGUCUGAAGUUGACUCUGUACCAGUACAAGACCUGCCCGUUCUGCAGCAAGGUGCGAGCCUUUCUGGACUUCCACGGGCUGCCCUACGAGAUCGUGGAGGUGAAUCCGGUGAUGAGGCAGGAGAUCAAGUGGUCGGCCUACAGAAAAGUGCCCAUCCUGAUGGUGGAUGGCGAAGUGCAACUGAAUGACUCAUCCGUCAUCAUCAGCUCCCUCAAGACUUAUUUAAUCAACAAUGAGAAAAGCGUGUCUGAGAUCAUUCGCUGCUACCCGGAGAUGAAGUCGGUGAACGACAGCGGGAAGGAGGUGACGGAGUACACCAACAAGUACUGGCUGAUGCUGAGCGAGGCCGAGAGCGCCGCGAUUUACCCCGAGAAGGGGAUGCAGAAGGAGGAGAUGAAGUGGCGUCAGUGGGCUGACAACUGGCUCGUGCACCUCAUAUCUCCCAAUGUGUACCGAACGACCGGCGAGGCCCUGGCCUCCUUCGACUACAUCGUACGCGAGGGCAAGUUCGGUACUUUUGAAGGUUUCUUUGCCAAGUAUGUCGGCGCCGCGGCCAUGUUCCUCAUCUCCAAAAGGCUGAAAGGACGACACAACCUGCAGGACGACGUCCGGCAGGAUCUCUACAAGGCCGUCAACGACUGGGUGGCAGCCAUCGGCAAGAAGAGGAAGUUCAUGGGCGGAGAUCGCCCUAACCUGGCAGACCUGGCGGUGUUCGGCGUCCUCAGAGUGAUGGAGGGCCUGCAGGCGUUUGACGACAUGAUGGACAACACCAAAGUCAAACACUGGUACGCACGCAUGGAGAGAGCGACGCUCAACCACGAGGGCCGAAACUGAGGCCGCGCUGGGCCGGACGGGCGGAGGAGGCCUCCAAACGGACUGAACGGCAGACCUCUGGGAAGAGAAGUGACCAGCAUCGGGAAGCAAGGAGUCCCGCUUCAACCGUGGAAACUUCAAACGGUUCGAGGGCGGCCGUUGCCGCCCUGAUUGAUUUCCUGCUCGACACACACAGAAAUUUUAACCUGUUGAUUUGUAAGAACGAGUUAAACGACGACAUUUACGUAGGUAGACAGAUCGCACGCAUUUCAUCACUUCUUUGAUUUUUAACUUUUCCAUGACCGAGCCGCUUUGUGGUGGAAGCAUUGUUCAUUUUGAGGACGUCUGUGAUUUUUACUCACCUCUACUGGUGAACCGUUGAAACUGCAACAGCUUCAAUAAAGCAUACUGCAUCUUCCCUGCGAUUUUUUUUAUAAGGCACUUCACCGACACGGCGAAGUCCGAUUUACACAGUACGAGCAAAAGAGUGAGUCAGCAAUCCUCUCGCUUUCCUGCCAGUAGGUCAUUUCUCUUGCAUAGUGGGGGAGGUGAAAUUCUCACUUACUGUUGCUUUAAUAGUUAAGACAGCCCGCAGGGUUUCCACGCCGAUCUGGGAAAGUCUGGGAAAAUGAUUUUACACAAUUCCAGGCCUUGAUUGGUGUCUGAAAAAGUCCUGGGAAGAAAAAAAACAAACCGAUUUGGUCCUCACCGUGACCCAAGUGAUGAUGCAAAUAGACAUGUAUUAUGUCUUGGUUAGAAACCUUUCAAAACAUUUUCCGUUUCAGUGGUUCUCUGCCAAAUGGCUUGAGCUCCAACACACAUUAUUUAAGGAACAAGAUAAGAUUUCUCUACUGUCCACAUCUAGUUUAAUUUCUUCAGAAUUUGCUCCGGAUUUUGCCCUUUCCCACCCUUAAGAAGUAUUGUAAAUUUUUAGCUCUCAAACUCUUCUUAAAGUGCAAAAAGGGGACACGUUCCCGAGAGAAACCGAUUGUCCUUCAGAAGCUUCAGUGGGGGCCCAAUCAAUCAGGCAGCGGUUGAGGAUCCAUAAUACAUCGAAACCCAGUCUGAGGAAGGGUUUGGAGGAUGUGUAGGAGCCCUGUUUAAACUCUUCUCUCUUCGUUCAGAAUUUCGUGUUCAGUUCAAAGUCCAUGUUGAUUUCUUUUUUCUCAAAGCUUUAACAUCACAGCAGUUUUGUCUGGAAAAACGGGUUAUUUAGAUUUUUCGUCUGACUUCAGUAGUUUUGGCAUCCAGGAGAUCAGGUUCUUUAUUUCAGGGGAUUUGUUCUUGUCUGUGUAACUGAUGCAGGAUCAGUGUGGCAGUGAGGAAUCAACGAGCUCAUCGACUGGUUCUCUCUUUUGGGGGUUAAAUUAAAAAAAAAAAAUUUAAAAAGAUGUAAGAGGAACUGAUGAGCUGCCAGUUUGAAUGUACUUAAUAUGCAAACUGUCGGCUGCAGGUUAAUUUCUGAAUGAACUGUAUUAAAACCAACACAUGUGCAUAAUUGUAAAGAGGUAAAAUAAAAAGAGGAAACCUG